AUGUUCACACGGUCGCUAAGAACUAUCAGCCUUAACGCCUCAGCCUUUCAAAGCCUGAGAGUCGCCUUAAGAAGCUCCUUCAGAGCCUAUUCGAAGUUUCCAAACAACGCCAAACCUGAACUGGAGAAGUCUAACCAUUCCAACGGAUCGAACGGUUCAAGCAAUUCAAACAAUGGUUCUGGUCAGAAACUGUCUCCAUUUUCGAAAGGCUACGUUUUGACUGCACUUGGAUUGUUGGUAGUCGGCUCCACCGUCGCCUCCGCCGUAUACACCAAACAAGAGCCAAGACUGGCUCCUGAACCAGCCACACCAGCUUUCAGCGACAAAGAUAUUUCUGUGAUUUUUGUUUUGGGCGGUCCAGGCUCAGGGAAAGGCACUCAGUGUGCAAAGCUUGUCAAGGACAAGGGCUUUGUACACUUAUCUGCUGGUGACCUUUUGAGAGCAGAGCAAGUGAGAGAAGGGUCUCUGGAUGGCGCUUUGAUUGCCAAAUGUAUUAAAGAGGGAACUAUCGUUCCUCAGGAAGUCACUGUUAGGCUUCUUAGAAACGCUGUGAGUGAGAAUGUCAAGAAAGGCAACUUCAAGUUCUUGGUGGACGGGUUCCCUAGAAAAAUGGACCAAGCCUUGACAUUUGAGGAGCAGAUUGUCAAGUCUUCUUUUACUCUCUUCUUCGAGUGUCCAGAACAGGUGAUGCUCAACAGACUUUUGGAGAGAGGAAAGACCAGUGGCAGAGCCGACGACAACAUAGAGAGCAUCAAGAAGAGAUUCAAGACGUUUGUGGAGACAUCGAUGCCUGUCGUUGAAUACUUCGACAAACAAGGUAAGGUGGUGAAGCUCAGCUGUGAUGAGCCCGUAGAUGUUGUUUACGGCAGGGUGAAGGAUGCUCUUGUGAAAAGAGGCAUCAAUUAG